AUGCAGGUGUCGUUUGCAUGUUCGGACCAAGACGGAGGAAGAGGAGGGCUGAGGCCCCCGGGGAAUGGAGGUCACAGCAAGCAGAACGCCACCAGCCCCAACACGGCCAGCCAGGCGCGGGCACGCUUCCGUACCGUGGCCCUCAUCGCCCGCAGCCUGGGCUCCUUGACCCACCGCUACCAGCACAACCUUAAGGAGUCCACCGCCAAGCUCACUGGCAUGAAGUACCGGAACCUGGGAAAAUCAGGCUUGCGUGUAUCCUGUUUGGGCCUCGGUACUUGGGUAACGUUUGGAGGUCAGAUUUCAGAUGAGGUGGCUGAGCAGCUGAUGACCAUAGCAUAUGAGAACGGGGUCAAUCUUUUCGACACAGCCGAAGUUUAUGCCGGGGGGAAAGCUGAGAUAAUCCUGGGGAACAUCAUCAAGAAAAAGUGCUGGAGGAGAUCCAGUCUGGUGAUCACCACCAAGCUCUACUGGGGUGGAAAAGCCGAAACCGAGAGAGGACUCAACAGGAAACACAUCAUUGAAGGUCUGAGGAGCUCCCUACAGAGGAUGCAGCUGGAGUACGUGGAUGUUGUGUUUGCCAACCGACCCGACUGCAACACUCCCAUGGAGGAGAUUGUGAGGGCGAUGACCCAUUUGAUCAACAAUGGCAUGUCCAUGUACUGGGGGACAUCACGAUGGUCUGCCAUGGAGAUUAUGGAAGCGUACUCGGUUGCGCGGCAGUUUAACCUGAUCCCUCCGGUGUGUGAGCAGGCUGAGUACCACUUCUUCCAGAGGGACAAGGUGGAGACACAGCUACCUGAGCUCUACCAUAAGAUAGGUGUGGGUGUGGUCUCCUGGUCACCUCUAGCCUGUGGAAUCAUCACUGGGAAGUAUGAGAAUGGUAUCCCAGAAUGCUCCAGGGCCUCCAUGAAGCCGUAUGCCUGGUUAAAGGAUAAGAUAGUGAGCGAAGAAGGGAGGAAACAGCAGGCCAAGCUGAAGGAGCUCACUACCAUCUCUGAGAAGCUGGGCUGCACUCUGCCACAAUUAGCUAUCGCCUGGUGUCUGAGAAAUGAAGGAGUGAGCUCAGUGCUGCUGGGAACAUCCAACCCCAUCCAGCUUGCAGAGAACCUGAGGGCCAUGGAGGUCAUUCCAAAGAUGACAGCAGUCAUUGCCACAGAGAUUGACCACGUCUUGGGAAACCAACCCCACAGGAAGAAGGACUUCCAACAAGCACAUUAGGAUGGAGCCAUUCUACAGGACUGUGACUAAUCUGGACCAGCUCUCAUCAGUGGCACCUCCAGUCAGUGGCACCUCCAGCCAUUGUGUGCCCAACCCUGUUUGUGUGUGUGUAUGUGUGUUCUACGCAGUUCCUCGUCCUGCCACGUCCAAAUAAAGAUAAACCAGUACUCAGUGUCGUUAACUAGGAGCUCUGCUUGACAAAGCAUGCAUGCCACACAGCUCCUCCACUCCACUUCAGUGCAGCUCAAACCUGCUGAACUAAUCAGCCGUUAUCAAGAUAGCAAUCAAGUCAGACUAAGAUCACCUGAAUCAGUUGAGGCUGCUGAGGGAAGAACGGCUCAUAGUAAUGGCUGAAAUAGACUGUAAUGGAUAGAAUAGAAUUGUAUCAAACACAUGAAAACCAUGUUUUUGAUACCAUUCCAUUUACUCCAUUCCAGCCAUUAUUAUGAGCCGUUCUCCCCUCACCAGCCUCCGCUGAAUCUGAUGUGCAAAUCCCUUAUGGUACACCCAGCUGUCCCGCAUUCUGUGUAGAAGCCUUUGUAGGCUAAACGGGACAUUCACGAGGACAAACUCUUGGACAGAGGACUGUGUUCCUGUCCUCAAAGUGAUACACAUUGACAAAUGAUCUGUCCAUGAGGGUCAGUGCUGGCUGAGCCCCUCCUAUCCAACAACCUGAGUGCUUACCUAACCCUGCAUUGUUGUAGUGAUAAUUAACUGUUUCGAUACAUGCUGACAUCUUGUGGUUUUUAACUUUUGUUUUCCCAUCGUGAUGCUAAAAUACCAACAGAGUUGUGUUGGAUUGAAUAUUUCAAAACGACAUGUGUAAUGACUGUUAACUGAUUAUAUAUAUUUUUGUCAAUAAAUGCAGAAGAACACAGUAUUAUUAUGAUAGUACUUUCAUAGUAUCUCCCCAUUUCUCUCUAACAAUGCAUUGUCUCUUCUGCUAACAGAUAUUGCAGGCAUGUACAUAUGUCUACUGUUGGUGUAAGCAGCAUUACUGGAUGCUAUCUAGUGCCCUCAUUGCACAUACCGAUAUAUUUUCAUUUUAUCCAAGUUAAACUGAUGUAUAUGAUGUAUAUUCUACCCUUUGUCAUUGCACCUGGGCUAAAACUGAAUACAAUGUCUGUUCAAAUGUAAAAUGGUAUAAUGAAAUGAUGUUAGAGGUUGAGAGUUCAGUCAAGACUCCUUAAUUAUUUGAUGUAGUUGUUGUUAAUUUGUACAUACUGUAUAUAAAUAAAUAUCCAGUGUGAA